GUGAUGUUCCUGUUUUAGAAAGAACAGCCUGCUUAUUUCGUUUCUGGAAAGUUUUAAAUUCCUUGAGCAUUAUCUAAACCACAAUUUGGCGAAAAUGAUAACAUAAAAUUAAUAACAUUAUAUUUACUUCUAUCUCAUAAUUUAACAAAUGAAUAUGUUAAAAUUUAUAUUUGCGAUAUUUUUUUUCAUUACGCUUGUUCAAGCUGAUGAGACUUCUGAUAACGAAUGCGUCGUAUGUAUGUGCCACGCCUUAACUAGUUGUUGGUCCUUACAUUCCUGUGCGAGGGAAUCUAUUAGUUAUGAUUAUUGGAAAGAAACCCUUGAAGAAGGUGAAAAUGACAGCAAUGAAACAUUUGAAAAAUGUAUGGAGCAUGAUCAAUGCCUUACGAAAACCGUUUUGAAGAGUACCUCAAGAUAUAACGAAUUUGACACAAAUUGCGACAAGGUUUUCGACUGCAGAGACCGUUUUGCCAUCCAUCUAUUCGCAAACCAAAAAAACGUAUCAAUUGGAGAUUAUGCUGAAAGAUUUUGGAACUGCUUGGGUUACAAAGAAGAUUUUCCAGAGCAUUAUUGCUAAUAUGAUUUAUGAAUUAAUAGAAAUAUAAUGCUUAUUUAUAGAUA